UCUCAGUCGGGCCGCAGGAUGAAGGAGGGGAAGAGCGAGCGGGAGCGAAGCGGCCGACGGCGACACCGGGCAGACGACGCGCUGGCGACCGUGGUGGUGAAGCAGGGGCGUCUGAGCCCCGAACCCGUCGCGCACCGCCGACCCGACGCCCCAGCCGCUAACCCGUCCCCGCCCGCCGCUGAGCCAAGCGGCCAUCGCGGGAGUCGAGGCCGGGGAGCGAGCCGGUCCCCAGCCAAAAAGAAAAACAAGUCCUCAGGGAGAAGAAGCAAGUCUCCACGGACUAAGAGAAGCCGGAGUCCCCACUACAACUCGGUUAAAGUGAAGCAGGAACGCGAGGACCAUCCACGGAGAGGACGAGAGGAUCGGCAGCACCGGGAGCCAUCAGAACAGGAACAAAGGAGAACUCGUAACAGUGAGCGAGACUGGCACCGGGGCCAUUCCCGCCAAAGGAGGAGCUCUGGUGAGAGGCCUGUCAGAGGGCAGGGUCGGGACCGAGACAGCCAGAUUCUGCAGGCCCAGGAAGAAGAGAGGGACUUUCAUAAUGCCAGGCGCCGGGAGCAUCGCCAGCAGAAUGAAGGUGCUAGCAGUGAGGCUCAGGAGGCGAUCCCUCGCCCUGCUGGUAACAGGAGCAAAGAGGUGCCUGUCAAAGAAAAACCAAGCUUUGAACUUUCUGGGGCACUUCUUGAGGACACCAAUACCUUCCGUGGUGUGGUUAUUAAGUACAGUGAGCCCCCAGAAGCCCGGAUCCCCAAAAAACGGUGGCGUCUCUACCCCUUUAAAAAUGAUGAGGUACUUCCAGUCAUGUACCUCCAUCGGCAGAGUGCUUACCUUCUGGGGCGACAUCGCCGCAUCGCCGACAUUCCCAUCGACCAUCCCUCUUGCUCCAAGCAGCAUGCAGUCUUCCAGUACCGGCUUGUGGAGUACACGCGUGCUGAUGGCACAGUUGGUCGGAGGGUGAAACCCUACAUCAUUGACCUCGGCUCAGGCAAUGGAACCUUCUUGAACAACAAGCGUAUUGAGCCACAGAGAUACUACGAACUGAAAGAAAAAGAUGUCCUUAAAUUUGGGUUCAGUAGCAGAGAAUAUGUCUUGCUCCAUGAGUCUUCAGACACCUCUGAACUAGACAGGAAGGAAGAUGAGGAUGACGAGGAGGAGGAAAUGGUGUCUGACAGCUAGCAACUGAGAAGCACCCCCACUAUUAGGAACUGUUCCUGCUGGAGGCCGUGGCCUUGACUCUCCAGCGCAUUCUUGCCUUAAGUCUUUCCUCUGUUGCUGCCCAGCUUGUGUUGCAGUAUGAGAACUCUCACCUCGUGUUUUGUUGAACUUGGCACAGCAGCUGCCUGCCCGUGGGCGCUUGUUUUCAGAACAGUCUCACCAAUUACAGCAUGCCGAGUUUUGGUCAAAGUGUGUGGCUGUAGUGGGUGCCUUCAGAACCGCUGCACAGGAAACCAAGCCCUUGGAAAGGGGAUUGUGGCUUGUCUAUUCUCUUUGUACAGUUUCUUAUUUAUAUGUCAUUGAGCUUUGUGGACCAGGGGUUUUGUUUUGGGGACAAAUCCUAGAGCAGAGAAUCUUAGUAAGCUUUGGUUGUCACCAAAACAACCUCCAGCAUAUACCAAAGCUUUGACCUGGAUCAGCUCUUGAGUCAUAGAGGUUGAUUUUGCGCUUCGGUUUUUGGAAGUGACAGUUUACUACAUGACCUCAUUAUUGACUGUCUAAGCUAAACAGACACUUUGCGAUGCCUGUAUAGACAUGACUGUGUAGGAGGUCACGGCUUCUACCAUCGGGUGCCGGUGUCUAUCCUGCACUGGGUUGUGCAGCUGCGUCCUGAGAGGGUUCCAAUUUCCCCAGGAAACAGACAUAACCGUUUUUUGAGGCAGGGUUUCUCUGUAACAGCCCUAGCUGUCCUGGAACUAGGAACUCCCAGAGAUCCGCCUGCCUCGGCCAGCAUUAAAGCUGAAGUGGGUGCCACCACUUCUCGGCAGCAUAACCGUUUAGAUCAUCUGUUCUUUUUCUUCAGCUUUGCAUUUUUAUUCAAAUGUUAUCUCUUUCCUCUCUUUGAGAAACACCCCAACGUUGACUUUGUAGCAGGGCCUUGCUGUGGCCUUGGGUCUUGUGUGUGUGUGUGUGUAUGUGUGUGUCUGUCUGUCUGUCUGUCUGUCUGUCUGUCUGUCUGUCUGUCUGUCUAAAGGAGCUCGUGUAGCUUCCACAUCUCGGUUCCAUCUUUGACAUGGGUUUGUAUUUACUUCCCGAGGGUGGAAAGCAAGGGCAGCCCAGCUUCUGAAAUUCCCACCUGCGGUCUCUGUAAGUAGAAAGGAGUUCAUGACUUACAGUAUGUGUGCCUGUAAAUGGUGUGUUUCGGAGCUGUGUGCUGAUUUUCAUAUGACAGUGUUUGUGAUAGAGAUAAUACCACAUGAUAGGCAAAGGCCUGUCGCAUUUGGAGAACAGCUUUCAUUUAUAUGUAUUUUUGAGAUAAAAAAAAUAAAAUUUGUAAAUAUAGCCCUAUUUUAGAGGGUAAUAAUUUCCUAGCAUAAAGGACUUUUGUUCAUAGGUGUUUGCUCCAAAGGACUCUUUGUAUCAGUGUUUUGCCAGAACCUUGCCUCGUUAGCAAGGAGGAAUCACUUUAGCAAUGGAUUCACCAUGUUCUUUUGAACUGUUGGAAGGUUUGUGUAGAUGGCCCUUCAUCAGGACCCUUUCCUCCUCUGAUGGUGAUGAGGGCACUCAGCCUGGGCUGCUCUCUUGGGGUUAAAAUUUAGGACGCUGAUAAAUAGCCUGUCUUUUCUUUCUGGAGUCAUUGUCUCACUUGUCCAAAGGACUGAAUGCUGGCUAGUGCAGUAGGGGCAGCUCAGGAAUGUGCAUUCAGAAGAGAUCAGCACAUUCCCUACUGUGUCCAGAAAGCAGAUUAUAUUUUGAUGGACUUUAUUCUUAAUCCAGACAAGGUUUUCUGUCUGGGAUUCCACAAAAUAAUCUACCAUCCUACUCCAAGGCUUCCCUCUGUGUCCAGUGAUAGUUUGGGGAUUUGCCUUCUUGAUAAACACUGGAUGAUAACCACUCUGCCUACAUCUUUGAGUAAAGAGGUCCCAGUAACCAGAAGUGGUGACUCAGGCCUGUAAUCAUGACUGAUUGAUGUUUUACUCUUUUGGCUUUUUGAGGGGCCCACCACCCAGUCCCCAAAUAAA